AUGGGAGAACGUGCAAUUAACACCUAUGCAGAGGAGAGGAGGGAGGCUAAAGAAUGUGGAAAUGAAUGUGGUGUUCAGAACUAUAACCGGUUGAAUCCUACAUGUUCAUCUUCUGUAAAAAGUCCAGGACCAUCAGUUUCAACUUCUUUCUCUGCUCACACCUCUCCCAUUCCUGAUGCUCCAAUAGCACAUAUGAUGGCUCCAUUCGAUGACAAACACACCGAGAGCCUCAAAUUCUACAAAGUUCAAGUAGUCAGCAGAAUCCCCCAUUCAAAGCAACUUUUCGACAUUUAUAAUGAGAGUCUCCCCGCUGAACAAAAAAGAAUAUGGCGAUGUCGAGAGACAAUUGGAAAGAGGAAGAGAGCUGCUGAGUUUGAGAUGCCUGAGGAUCCAUCGCCGAGGUACCAAGCUACUCUAGAUGCUCAUGAACUCUUUGCGAAACGAGAGAAAAAUGAGGAUAAGAAUCGCCAGUCAUCGUCUUCCUCUGACGUUGUUCAACAUUCUAUUGCUCCAUUUUAA